AUGGAUUCCCUUGAGGAACUCGUAGAGCAGUCUGAUCGGCUGCUUAUGGAAAUUCGAGGAGAUACUGAUCUACCGUUGAUCACGCGUAGUCUUGAACAAAUGGGGGCCUAUGGUGAAAAAAUGUGUUCAUCUCGUGGUGUAAGAAGCGAUGUGAAGGCUGCGCGUCUACUGGGUCCCACCAUUAACUAUGACUUACCUAAAAAUUUGUCUGCUAAAUUGGAAUCUCUCUCACAAAUAAAAGAAGUGGACUUUGCUAAGCCGAAGAUUGACAUGGACAUACACACAUUUCUGAGGUGCGAGCGGGAGAAUAUCCUAUUUACUGCUACUGAACAAGCAAAGCGGGCUGUCUUUGACGAGGUUGACUCGAUUUGUCGCAGGUCUACAUCGUCUUGGUGGGAUCGUCAGGCUGCCGCCAUUUUGACAGCCCUUGCUAGUUCUACUGGUCCAAUAGACACCGCUAUUUUCCAAACUGUUCCAACUUCUGUUGCAGCAGACACCGCCAUGGGUCGGGAAUUUCUUUCUCGUACUGCUCCAAUCGAUUUUUCCGCUGACUCACAGGCGUCUAUUUCGAAAGAGGAGCUUUUUUACGCCAACCAAGUUGAUAAGUAUCUCGUCGAUUCUCUCGCCACUACACAAACCGUCUGUCUGCGUCAGGUGUCGGUUAGCUCUGGCCUUCUAAACAAGCCAUCGCUUUUUGACUACCUGUACAACACGAAAAAUGCGAAAUCUGUUCUCUUUGAUGAGUCUAAACAAAACGACUUCUGUGAAGUUUUCCGUCUCAUUAAACGUAUGUUUUCAAUCUCGGCUAUAAAUAUUGAUGACGUUGGACCCUCGGAGACCCCGCUUCUUGAUCUACCACUUCCUGCCACGCACGAGAGAGCAUUAGAGUUUCGUUCCGGUUCCUCUCUCCAGUCGGCAUUUCUGAGAAGAGCGAUUGCUCAUUUAGAGGUGGAAUUUGCGACUUAUUUGCAAACUGUCGUCUCAUCAAAUCCACGUCUGGCUCUGUUGGGUGGUUGUCCAGGUGUCAGAGCCCUCGUUCGGGCUUUUCUUAAUGUCAAAAAUCCUUCCUCCCAACCAUCCGGAGACUGCGACUUCGACUCCUUCGGUGAUUUUGAGGAUGGCGUUGUGGAUAGCAAACCAGUUUGGCCCAUGAUAUACUACUGCCUUCGUUGUGGUGCCUUGCAGGAUGCUGCUAGCGUCGCAUCCGAUGCAGCUAAUAAUCUGGGAGAUUUUGUUCAAAUUCUGAACACUUUCAUGGCUGAAGGGAGAUGUCUGCCUCCAAAAUUGGUUGCAAAUGUUCGAAAGACGUAUCGGCGAAUCGUGAAAACUUCUCGUGACCCAUACAAAAGGCUGGUAUACUGUCUUCUGGGCUGCUGUGAUCUUUCUGAUGCACAUACAGAUGUCGGUCAAAGUAUUGAUGAUUUCUUAUGGCUCAGGCUUUCACAAAUUUCUACUAAUGAGGGUACAACUGACCAGCAGGAUGAUAUUGAAAAUCUUACUGUCGGCCAACUACAAAGUCUCCUCUAUGAAACAUAUGGUGAAACAUACUUUGAUGCUUGGAACCAGCCCCUCAUGUACUUUAAAAUCCUCUGUCUAAGUCAACAGUUUGAAGGAGCAUUGGCUUUCCUCUCGCGUAUUGAGGGACUGCGUUGCCACGCCGUUCAUCUGGCUCUUCUACUUCGCGAAAUGAAAAUUCUUCUCUUACCGACCUCAAAACAGGCACCACUCGUGUCUCGUGUGGACUCUGAUCCCUCUGGUUUCCGACGUCUUAACUUCGUUCGCCUAUUACUCCUUUAUACACGUAAAUUUGAGUUGAGUAACCCGACUCUGUGCAUAAAUUACUACUACUUCCUGCAUGAUCUUCCCUCUGUGACCGAGGGCAAAGAGAAGACGACAGUAGCGAGUCCACCUGGUUCUGGGAUGCACAGUCUCUUCGUCCAGUGCGUGGCUGAGUUGGCCAUUCAGACGGGCGAGUUCGAUCUCCUCCUUGGCCGCCUUACUCCCGAGAAUAGGGCUCUGCGGCAGGCUGGCGCUAUCGAUCGCUUUGCGAGUGUGGCGCCGCCUAUCUCGCUUAUCACCAUUGUCGCAGAGAUGCUUGAGGCCCGGGGCCAAAUGGUGCAGGCCGUGAGUGUCUACCUCCUCGCUGGAGAAGUAAAAAAUAUCCUUUCUGCCGUUCGUCUCAUCAAUCUCCUUCUUGUCGGCGUGGUUGCUACUGACGAUUCCAACGGUCUCAACGUCACUGGUAACUCCGAGAGAGAGAACAUAUUACGUCUAGCUACUGAAGUUGGUCUUAGCGUUCGACGCCUGGACCCGAUUACCUCAGCAGUUGGCGGAGCGGUGAGCUCAGACAGUGGAAGUUGCGGUGACGUCUCGCCGGCCCUUCAGUCGGCCGCUCGAACCCUCUACUACCUUCUCGAUUUGGCUACCUUCUUUGACCUGGCCAGCUCGGGUCAAUGGCAGGCGGCGCUAGAUCACAUGGAUCGAUUGGGCCUCCUGCCCACCACCGCUGCCAGCGAGGAGAUCGAUGCCAAGGUAGCUGGCUUCGCUGCCAUCUCUGACUUCGUCCGCAGACCUAUUCCCGCCGCAAUUCUGCUGCUCCUACGCUGUCUCACCGUCAAAGCCUCCACUGCGAAGGCUAAUGAAGAGCGUGGUAUCUCCGUCGGGCGCACACCGAUCGGCAUCAGUGGGCACUCGGUGUGUCUUGAAGAGGUUCGAGCGAGAACGCGGGCCCUCAUCACUUUCAUCGGGCGGAUUCCGUAUCGCAUGCCUAGCGAAGUGUAUGCACGCCUCUCACAGGUGGAAAUGCAGCUUUCUUCCGCUUCCUCUUGUACUUGA